AUGAACACGGUCAGAUCUACCUGGUUUGGCUGGGGCGCCCUCUGCGUUGCUGGCGGUGGUGCCUACUACUUCGCCAAAAAGUCCAUCAAUGCCGACCGGGCAUCUCGCCAUGAAGCAGAACUGAGACGCAAGGCCUCCCUGGCCGCCGCUGAGUACCAGGAACGCCGCAGUGCCCCGACACCUCCCACCCUGUCGUCCGCUCCUCCGAAUAAGACGCCCGUGCCGACCGACGACCCCAGCCUGCAGCGCGCUAAGCUAGCCCAGCAGAAUAACGUGUCAGACGUCGCGGGUUCCCCGAGUUCGGAAGCUAGCAAUGACCCCGCGCCGACCCGGCAUGAACCCGAUACGGAUGCGCAGCGCGUGCUGGAGAAGAGUAAAUAUGAAGCUACGGAGACUUUCCGGCCGCCCAGGGGUAACCGGUUGAGUUGA